ACUACGCGUGAACGCUGAAGGUGUUGCGGACGUCACCAAAGGUGACACGUCCGAAGCCAUCCUCGCAAAAUCCUUCGCCACUGGAAUCAAGGAACACGAGAUAGAACUCGCCGUUCCUUAUUCCGUACCCCACAAACAAGACCAAGAAAUACUGGAUCAGAUGUGUGACCCUCAAUAACAUGUCCGCUCCCGACCCGCCCCAACACAUCGCCCACUGGCCCAUACCGGCGGCAUCCCCUCCGGCGCCGCCGGCCACCGCCCAGUCCCAGACGCUAUCCUACCUGGCCUGCCUUGCCCGUCCGUCCCAGCCGCUGCCUUGGGGUUUUUUUGGGCCGCAGCGCUCUCCGUUGCCGGCUGCGCGAGAUUCCGAUCCAGAUCCAGCUUGGGGCUCUCCUCCGCCUCCACCUCCUGGUCGCCCUCCCGGCGUGGAUUCGGAGGUGGACUGCGUCUUGGAGACGCCGCCUGAGCUCCUCGCCCGCGCGCUCCCAACCACCACCUUCAAUUCUCCUGCUCCAGGCCGCUCCGCCAACCUGACGAGCAUUGAAGGCGUUAAUGGAGGGGACAGUUCGGGAUGGCUUGCGUGCUUUCGGCCCGUCCCUGCGCAGGCCGCUGCUGAGCAAUCACUCCCGCGCGGCGCGGCGGCUGCGGGGCUCGAGGAGGAAGCGACGGCGCCUUGGACCGAGGUCAGGCGUGGGCGGCCGCGCCCUCCGCCCGCUCCUGUUGCUGCCUUCACUCCUCGCGCCCCUCCUCCCGCAUGGAUAAAAGGUCUCUGCUUCCACUGUCUCAAGCCUCGACAUCGCGUCGUGGACUGCCGCGACCCAGUCACCUGCAGACGGUGCUUCAGCUCCGGCCACAUAGCGCGCGGCUGCACCCACGCUCCACGCCCGCACCUGCGCCCCGGCGCGCCCCCGCCCGCUCCGCGCAGAGCUCCUCCGCCCGCACCUCCCCGUGCCCGCCCGCCACCCACGUCCUCCCAGUUUGCCAUGGCUCCCUCUGCUGCGUCUUCGGCAUGGGCUGGUGACCACAGCGUCCGCCCGGAGGUGUUCGCCGUCAUCCACAACACUCCGGCCAUGCAAGCUGAGGCUGCGCUUCUGGAAUCCAAUGGGGUGGUGGCCUGGUUCGACCGUGAUUGUCGCGCCUCCACCAACAAGGUUGCGGCGGCCAUCGCAGACGGGAUUGGCGCUCUGGUGCCGGACGUGAUCGUCGUCUUCCACUUCCCCGAGCGGUUCCUGGUGCGCUUCAUCCACAAGCACCACGCGGACAUCGCAUCAUCCCGCCGCGAGCUCCCGUUCGGCGACACCAAGCUGCAGAUGAGGGCAUGGCGUUUGGAAGGCCAUGGUGAGCACGUCGACCUCGGCCACCAUGUGUGCCUCUGCCUCGAGGGGCUGCCGCUGUAUGCUUGGGAUGAAGAGGCGGUCGCCAAGGCCGUCGGCUCCGGCUGCUCGCUGGACUACAUCGAGCCAGCUUCCAAGCUCAAGACGACGACCAAGGCUCUGGCCUUGUGGGCUUGGACGCCAUGCCCAAGCAAGGUGCCAAGAGUGAGCUGGAUCACCCUCCCUGCACGCAACGGUGGCGCUCCGGUGUAUGGCCGCAAGGGGCUGGAGCAUCGGGUCCUUGUCCACCUCGACAUCCAUGAAGAUCCAUCCUCGGGCAGAGUGGUGUCCAGGCCGCACCCCUGGAUAUCAAACGUCAUCGACGGGGAGACCUUGGCUCGUGACAGGCGCGAGCGCAUCUCUCGCCCUGUCCAGCGCGACCGCCAUGACCGCCAUGGCCGUGACGACGAGGAAGACCGUGGCCGCGGGCGCGACGGCCGGGGCUCGUCCAGAGGCGGGCAAGGCUGGGGCGACCGCAUUCGCCGGAGCCUCUCCCGUGCGCCGCGCGACGGGCAGCGCGACAACGACAGGGAACGCCGUGAUGGGCGUCACGAUGGCCGUCGCCGGGAAAUCCCUGACCUUCCCGUCGUCCUUGGCGCCGCUCCGGUGCUUCUUGGCUCUGGCUCCUUGAGCGCUACUACUGUGCGUGCCAGGGAGCUGGAGCCCCUCCACCCCACCACGCCUGCUACGGCUGCUGUUGGCGCGCGUGGCUGUAGUCCGGUCAGGCAGUCGCGCCCGGCCUCUGCAAGGCGCAUAUCCAGGGAAGCACGCACUCCACCGGCGUCGCCACCGCUGUCUCCGACAACGGUGCUCCGAACCCCGCCAGCGCCGAAACGUGACGAAGCACAUGCAGCAGCAGUGGCAUCCCAGGUCCUGAGCCCGGUGCUCAUCGAGCUAUGUUUGCCAGCCACGAUGCAGCGCCCGCUCCUUGACAUCUCCCCGCUGCGGCCUCCAGGCUUUGAAGCAUCCCCAACCCCGCCACUCCAGUGCAACGGCAACCUGCAGCGAACCCCUACGCCACCCCGUGCUCGCCCCCAUGAUGCUGGGCACGACCUGCCGGCGGGCCUGGCUGAGCUCAUUGUGCCCUGCCUCGAGCUUCCGGCUACGCUCUUCUGCCCAAGGCAGCCGGCGCUCCUGCCAUCUGCAGCCACGCAACCUCCCCCUGAGGUGCCCUUGGCAUCUCCAAGGCCAAGCCCUCCAGCGGCCCGUCGAAAGACUUUGGCGGGCAUGAGAAUCUCCAAGGAGGGCGGCAUCUCUCUGCAACGGACCCGGCGACCUUCCAGCCGCACGCUGGCUGCUCCGGUGGCAAAGGUGGCCGAGCGCCUGGUUUGCCGCAGCCUGGGCAUAACCAAAGAUGGUCAAGAUGUAACUGCUUCGAUCCUGGAGGCGUUCACAGAGAGAUUCAAGGAGCAGCUCCCUCCUGAAGUGAUUGUGGCCAUGAGGGACUUCUUCAAGCUUGAUGACAGUUCUAUUAGCGCUGCUGAGGAUGCGCUGAUAGACCAUGGUGGUGCUGCGGCAUUAGACUCUGUGGGGCUGGAGCAAGACGGCCAGGGAUCGGAGCCGGCGAUCGCUUGAGUGGAUACUACCUGUAGUGCCUGUGUUAGAGCCUCAAUGGUUGUCAUGUUAGUAAACCAAUCUGAUGCUUACAAGGGUUCUGUUGCUGCUACUAGUUUGUAUGCGUCUAGUUUGUACCUCUUCCCUACACUCCAUGGGUUAUGUAACUGGGGCUGUGUCCCCCACGGGUGUGUGUUUGUUUUUCAAAUUUGGCCAUGGGCCAUGUACUGCGGUCUGGGAUCCCACCUUGUUUGUGUUGAUGUUUUAUCCCAUGGUAGUCCAAGGGCAA